GCAACGAUCUACCGCCACCCUAAACGAGGUGAAGAAACUCUCAGUCCCUAAACGAGGGUGGAGAAACUCUCAGUCCCUUCGAAGACGCCGAUAUGGAUACAUUAAAGCAGGCAUACGCAGAUUACAAAUGGGCCAUUAAAUUAAAUCGGACUUGUUUGAGAAUUUUGGGCAUUUGGCCCAAAAAUAAUGAAACUAAAUGGGAGAAAUUAAUCACAAACGUACGCAUAAUCGUUAUGCUAAAUAUAGGAAUUUGGUUUUGUUUAAUUCCGAGUGUGCAUUCUCUGUUCAAAAUAUGGGGCGAUUUAAUGUCAAUGAUCGAUAAUCUGCAAUAUACGUUACCAUUUACUAUAGCAAUGAUAAAGUUUUUCAUCAUGUGGCAGAAAAAAAAAGAUAUUCUACCGCUUCUAAACAUGAUUAAGCACGACUGGUUGAAGCCAAAAAUUGUGCAAGAGAGAAAUGUUAUGAUAAAACGAGCCCGACUCGCGUGCAUGCUCACAAUAUUCGGAUAUUUUAUAAUGUUCAUGUCCUUUUUUUUGGGUACGACUCUUCCUGUCUUCGGUUUUUCAAUGAGAUAUCUGACGAAUAAAACGGAUCCGGGUAGAUUGAUGCCAUUACAGACGUAUUUCUUUUAUGAUCGAGAUAAGAGCCCGCUUUAUGAGAUAACAUAUAUUCUGCAAACUCUCGGCAUAUUUAUGGUUGCCGCUGCGUACACCGGUACAGAUUGUUUUUUAAGUCUGCUGGUCUUUCACGUGUGCGGUCAACUGGAAAAUCUCAAGGCACGCGUCAUCGAUCUCAAUAAAUUUAACAAUUUCGAAAGCGUUCUAUCUUAUAGCAUACAGGAUCAUAUACGUCUCAUCAGAAUAAGAUAA